CGACAUGAGCGUGAUGUGCUGCGUGCGUCGCGUCGGCGCUGCGCACUGAGCAGAGGAGCUGUCAAGUGAUACACUCAGGAUUAUUAUUCAGGAUCACAUUACUCAGAAUGAGUUGUUAAGGCCAUCAACCCUCAGCUGUUAUUGGAGGGUUUUGAAGGAUCAGCUUUAAUGGUGCAUCUGUGAGUGCAGUUUUCUCGUGUCUGUUUCUGUGUCAGAGCACAUGGCUGCGGAGGAGAACGAGUGUCCCGGCUUGACCCGGCAGAACUCAGAGCUCAUGAGGUCAUGGGAGCUGGAAGCCAUUCUGACCAAUCGCACGCUGCGCUUCGUGCUGCGCUUAGAGCAGCAGUUCAUCUGCCCGUCCUGCGCCGGGAUCGUCCUGAACCCUCACCAGACGGGCUGCGGGCACAUCUUCUGCGCUCGGUGCGUCAGGGCCUACAUUGAAAAUGGAGGAAGUUCGAAAUGUCCUCUAGACAGCAUCCCUAUUAAAUCAGAAGAGAUUUUUCAAGACAACUGCUGUAAAAGAGAACUGCUAAACUUAGAGGUGUACUGCACCAACGCCCCAGACUGCACACAGAGGGUUACUUUAUGCAACCUUCAGGAUCAUCUCAAAGCUUGCCAGUAUGAGCCACUUAGAUGCACCAACUCAGGGUGCAGUGACACUGUGUUACGCAGAAACCUGCUGGAGCACCAGAGGAACGUGUGCUCCUUCCGCCUGGAGUCCUGCCCUCACUGCAGACAGCCGUUCCUCAUGUCUCAGCUGCAGGCCCAUCAGAAGACCUCAUGCCCUGAAAUCCAAGUCCCAUGUCCAAACAAGUGUCCUCAGAUGAUCAGAAGACACCAGCUGCAAGCUCAUACUGAUGAGUGUCUUGAAGUGGAGACUGACUGCAUUUAUAAAAACUAUGGCUGCACAUCCAGAGAUAAAAGAGGGAAAGUGCAAGUUCAUGAAAACACAGAGUUCGGUUCCCAUGUGCGGCUUGUUCUGGAAAGUAACACCAAACUUGAGAAACAGGUGGAGCAGCUGCAGCAGGAUAUGUUAGUCCAGCAGGGAGUGCUGAAGGACAAAAGUCUUGUGGUCAGCAAUCUGGACAGGGAUAUCACCUUGUGUGACAGCACACUUACUACCUUACAGAGGUCUGUAGAGGAGCAGCGAGUGCGGAUCUGCAGCGUUCAGCGUGAACUGAGGGAUCUGCGGGGCGUUCUGGGCUCUGAACUGAGUGAAGAGCUCCCGAGCCUCCGGGCAUCACUGGACUCCCUCAGACAGCAGGUGGCCGUCACUGAAAGCCUCAGGGAACACCUCGGUGCUUUAGAGCAGACGUGUCAGCGUCAUACUCGUUUGUUAGACAUCCAUGUGGAGCAGCUGCAGUGUAACGAGCAGCGCUUCCGCCAGCUGGAAUCCACUUCCUACGACGGGAAGCUCAUCUGGAAAGUGCGUGACUACUGCCACCGGAAAGAAGCCGGCACCCCCCUCAACUCGACCCCCUUCUACACCAGUCGAAGUGGCUACAAGCUCAGUGUGCGGGCUUACCUCGGCGGGGACAACUCAGGGAGAGGCACACACCUGUCGCUCUACAUCACCAUAAUGCGCGGAGACUUCGACUCGCUCCUACCGUGGCCGUUCAGACAGAACAUAACCUUAACACUGCUGGACCAAAGCGGCUCCAAGAACCACAUGAGCAAUACUUUCACCCCCGAUACCAGCAGUGAUAGCUUUCAUCGGCCAACAUCUGAUGCUAAUGUGGCCACAGGUUUCCCAAGAUUCAUAUCUCACGGUGAUCUGGAGGCCCCUCGAAAUGCCGUUUAUGUGAGAGACGACACGCUGUUCAUCAAAGUAAAGGUGGACACAACUGGAUUAGAGGACUUGUAGCUCUACUAGCAAGAAUUUUGACUUUGAAGAAACAGUGUGCAGGAUUCACUGGAGUGUCAUUUGAAGGCGUUUGUUGUAGUAGCACUGAUUAUUAUGUUUACAUGCACAGUUUUUCAUUCAUGAAUGAGUUCAAACCAAGUGGCAACCUUCCGGUCUGUCUCAUGAAGCCUACACAGAAGUGACUAAAGCUGUAAUUCAUCGACUGGC